UUCAAAUCACGCUCCACGACUGGAUUCUCGUGAGACCUGUGACUUGCACCGGAAGACCCGCCUCCUGUGCCGUGAAAGGCCAAUGGCUGAAGGCGACGGUUGCGACGGUUGGGUUUUGAAGGAGCCAAUGAGUGCUCAGAGCGGAGAGUUUAAGAAGCGGAGGCCGGCACUGCAGAGACCGGUCUGGGAUCGGAAUCUAGUGGGAGCUGGAGACGCUCCCAUGGCGCAGUUCGUGUUCGAGAGUGACCUGCACUCGUUGCUGCAGCUGGAUGCACCCAUCCCCAAUGCACCCCCUGCGCGCUGGCAGCGCAAAGCUAAGGAAGCUGCGGGACCGGCCCCCUCACCCAUGCGGGCCGCCAACCGAUCCCACAGCGCAGGCAGGACCCCAAGCCGAACACCCGGCAAAUCUAGCUCCAAGGCACAGACCACUCCCAGCAAACCUGGUGGUGACCGCUAUAUCCCCCAUCGCAGCGCUUCCCAGAUGGAAGUGGCCAGUUUCCUCCUAAGCAAGGAGAACCAGCCUGAAAAUAGCCAGACGCCCACCAAGAAGGAACAUCAGAAAGCCUGGGCUUUGAAUCUGAACGGCUUUGAUGUGGAGGAAGCCAAGAUCCUUCGGCUCAGUGGAAAACCACAAAAUGCCCCAGAGGGUUACCAGAACAGACUGAAAGUGCUUUAUAGCCAGAAGGCCACGCCUGGCUCCAGCCGGAAGACCUGCCGUUACAUUCCUUCCCUACCAGACCGUAUCUUGGACGCCCCUGAAAUCCGGAAUGACUACUACCUGAACCUUGUGGACUGGAGCUCUGGGAAUGUACUGGCUGUGGCGUUGGACAACAGUGUGUACUUGUGGAGUGCUAGCUCUGGUGACAUCUUGCAGCUGCUGCAAAUGGAGCAGCCUGGGGACUAUAUAUCUUCUGUGGCCUGGAUAAAAGAGGGCAACUACCUAGCUGUGGGCACCAGCAGUGCCGAGGUGCAGCUAUGGGAUGUGCAGCAGCAGAAGCGGCUUCGAAACAUGACCAGUCAUUCGGCUCGAGUGGGCUCCCUAUGCUGGAACAGCUAUAUCCUGUCCAGUGGCUCACGCUCUGGCCAUAUCCACCACCAUGAUGUUCGGGUAGCAGAACACCAUGUGGCCACACUGACUGGCCACAGCCAGGAGGUGUGUGGGCUGCGCUGGGCCCCAGAUGGACGACAUUUGGCCAGUGGUGGCAACGAUAACUUGGUCAAUGUGUGGCCUAGUGCUCCUGGAGAGGGUGGCUGGGUUCCCCUGCAGACAUUCACCCAGCAUCAAGGGGCUGUCAAGGCUGUAGCCUGGUGUCCCUGGCAGUCCAACGUCCUGGCAACUGGAGGGGGUACCAGUGACCGACACAUUCGCAUCUGGAACGUCUGCUCUGGGGCCUGUCUGAGUGCUGUGGAUGCCCAAUCCCAGGUGUGCUCCAUCCUCUGGUCUCCCCACUACAAGGAGCUCAUCUCGGGCCACGGCUUUGCCCAGAACCAGUUGGUUAUUUGGAAAUACCCAACCAUGGCCAAGGUGGCUGAGCUUAAAGGUCACACUGCCCGGGUCCUAAGUCUGACCAUGAGCCCAGACGGGGCCACGGUGGCAUCGGCAGCAGCAGAUGAGACCCUGAGGCUGUGGCGCUGCUUUGAGUUGGACCCUGCACGGCGGCGGGAGCGGGAGAAAGCCAGUGCAGCCAAAAGCAGCCUCAUUCACCAAGGCAUCCGUUGAGGACCAACUCAUCACCUCAGUUUUUUGUUUUUGUUUUUUAUUUUUCUAAUAAAGUCAUGUCUGUCUCUCUUC